UACUCAGAAUACAGAAUGUAUAUCACCAAACUGAACAUUACAAUCUUCCUGGCUGCAUUCUGCACGUUCGCUUUCAUUCUCGAGGUGAAGCCUAACCCAACGAUGGAUCUUUUGGGAGGUUACGAAGUUGUCUCGGUUUGUAUGACCAACUGCGCUCAAUGUAAGCGAAUGUACGGCGCGUUCUUCGAAGGACAACUGUGUGCGGAAGCGUGUCUCGAGUUCAAAGGCAAAAUCAUACCGGACUGUGAAGAUGUUGGGUCGAUAGGUGGAUUUCUGAAUCCUGGUGAGCUCAAGAAGUACGCAUGA